AUGGCGUCUUCAAGCGCGGAUUCAAAAGCGCUGACCCGCAAAGUCGACAUGGAGCUCAUGCCGCCACCACCCCCAGCAAAAAGGAUCAAGCGCCCCCCUGUCGUUCUGGACGAAGAUCGGUACACCGAUGCCUUGGUACGAUUUGGACCCCUCCUCUCCCUACGUCCUCAUGAAGCUAACCACAGGUUCAGUCCGAAAUCAUCGCUCGCGACUUCUUCCCUGGGCUGAUUGAAACGAAGCACCAACAAGAAUACCUCGACGCUCUCGAUUCUCAUGACACAGAAUGGAUCCGCGAAGCCGGGCGCAGGCUCACAGAGGUCAUGACGACUCCACGUCUCGGGCGGACCCGACGGGGCACUAGUCUCACUACACCCACACCUCGAGCAUUCCGCGAGCUCUCCGCCACGCCCACUGCGUCGAGUAAUCCCAUGGCAUCGGCGGAGGACAGCGGGGAGAAGGAGGUGGAGAAGCCGGUUUACGAGAAGCACUUGAGCUUGGAUGCAUUCCAGGCGAAGUACACGUCCGAAGACAAUGCCUCCUUCAACGAUCUACUCGACAAGCAGAACCAGAAGAAACGGAGUGCGUACGCCUUCCUCUGGAACGAUAACAGGAUCCCCGGCUUCCGCACGAAGGCGCACCAAAAGCGCCUGAAAGCGCAAGCGGAGAGCGAGGAGAAAGCUGGCGGCCCGAUGAAAUCCCUCGCAUGGAAAGACAACCGCAAACCCUUUCCAAACACCUGGAAAGCUGAGCCGAAGAACGGCCUCAUGUUCACCCCCGAGCUCUCCCCUCCCCCUGCCCCGUCGUCCACGGACAGGGAACUCCCACCCAAGGCGAUCGCAUACUCAAACACCCGCAUGCCUGCCCCCCCGCCCCCGAAACUCCCAAACUCACCCACCCGCUCCGUGAUCUGUGAUGCAAUAUCCGGAAACCCCCGCCCACUUCCUUCGGAAUCCCGCUUCGGUGCCGCUGAAACGCCGAGAGUCAACGGAUACUCCUUCGUCGACGAUGCGCCUAGCCCCUCACCUAGCGAACUCGGUGCCCCGCCCCUGACCUGGGGAAGCCUGGCCUCCAUAUCCGACCCCACGACGACACCCGCGCCCUUUAAACUCGCACCGACGCCGAAACGGGAAUUACUGCACCACCGGAUGGUGGACAGGGUCGCAAAGGGGAAGCGUGCGCCGGUCAACCCUUUGUUAUCCGUUGUUACUGCUGCUACGGCUACGGGCGGGACGGGCACAACGCCAAGAAUGACGCCCUUGGGUGGGAAUGGCAAGGGGCGGGAAAUCCCCACUUUCAAAAGUACCCCCCGUACGGCACUAACACCCGCCGGACAGAGGCUGCUGGGGAACUUGAAGGCUAGGAGGGGUGGUGAUUCGGGCAUUUUCGGUGCGAGUGCGGGCACGCCCGGGAGCGCCCGGUCGAGGUUUAUGCCAACUCCCAGGGCUGGGAAGAAGUAG